ACCUUCAUCUCCCCCCUUCUCUCGUUCUUUUUCCACCAGCUUGGUCUGGUUUCCGAUUGCGUUAAGUCGUUCAAUUUGCUGAUUACUGGCGGUGCCAUCCUUUCUUGACUUCCAACUUUCAUUUUGAUACAACACCGUCGCCCUGCAAACUCUCUCGGAAUGCUCUCCUACAAGACCAUCGUUCUCGCUCUUGCCUGCUCUGCGUUCGCGCUACCCAUCAGGCGUGAGGUUCCUCAAGAGCACUCUCACGAGUCCAUUCUGACGGCCGUGCGCACGCAAUUGAACAAGAACAACCCUGACCAGAUCCAGGACCCUGUUUUUGCCCUGCUGGGUGCUGCUGCAGCAUCAAAGGGGGCGGGCAAGAUCACCGACACCGAUUGCUUGCAGCAAGCCGUCGCUGAUCAGGCUUUCACGAACGCUAAGGCAGACGGUGAUGUUGAUGGUAUGGUCAACGCCCUCAUCUUCCGUGCGCUUGAGCGCAACAGCGGCUCCGUUGGCGCUACGACCAAUGCCUGCACUAGCAUUCAAGCCAAGAACCCCGAAAUUGCGGCCAUCCAGCAACACCAGGAUCCCGCUUCGGACAACGCCGCUGCCACCAACAAGGCUAUUACUCUCGAGCUUGCCAAGCAAAUUGCUUCUGUCGGCGGCGACCCCCAGUUGGCGCUCAAAUCCGGAACAUUUGCUCCGGGCACCAAGGGUGACCCGACCGCGAAGGGUAACUCGUGCGAUGAUGCCAACGAUGCCGAGGGCUGUAUCUUCACCCAGAACUUGCUGGUGGAGGACGCUACCGCCGACGAGAUCAACGCUGCAGUCGCUGGUAUCUCGGCUUCUAGUGGAUCGUCUACUGCUACCUCUUCCGCUGCUGCCUCUACUGCUACCGAUAUAAACAACGCCAGCCAGUGCACUCCCGUGACGGUUACUGUUACGGCAUCUGCAUCGGCUGCUACGCAGACUAACGCUGCUGCUGCUGCUACGACAACCUCUGCUGCUGCUGCAUCCUCCAGCGCCGCUGCUUCGGGUGGAAACCUCCAGACCUUCACUGGUGCUCUUGGGGGUAUCUCUGCCCCGGCAGUUACAGCUGGCGGCCGCGGUUUCGUAGUCGAAGGCAGCGAUGACUUCCUGAAUGUCGCUGCUGCCCUUGGUCGUUCGUGCGAUGUUCAGCACAACAAGUGCGCCAACGCCGCCAACUCCGGCGGAAGCUUCUCUGUUGGCGACUGCGAUUCCCAGAACACCCAGUGCCGGGCUGCUAUCAACUAGGGGAAAGGUUGUUACUGAGGGUAUAUAGGGAGGCGGUCUACGCUCUGUCUGGGAGGUAUACCCGUAGAUCAGGGUUGAUGGGUACUUGUAUCACUACUUUGUUUGGCUUGGGAUGUCAGGUGUACCCAGCAUCGCAAUUGAACUAACUUGCCAAUCAA